ACUGGGCCGGCCGCUCAGCAGUUCCCUCCUGCAGGGCCUUACCUGUUCCUCGCUCCAGCGCUGCACAGUCUUCCCGCGCUGGCUUCUGUGACAGCCGGUGGGCACCCGACUGUCACUGUCUGCAGUCUCUGGUCAUUCCCUGCACUGUCUGCAGUCUCUGGUCAUCCCCUGCACUGUCUGCAGUCUCUGGUCAUUCCCUGCACUGUCUGCAGUCUCUGGUCAUCCCCUGCACUGUGUCCGCAGUCUCUGGUCAUCCCCUGCACUGUGUCCGCAGUCUCUGGUCAUCCCCUGCACUGUGUCCGCAGUCUCUGGUCAUCUCCUGUACUAUGUCCGCAGUCUCUGGUCAUCCCCUGUAGUAUGUCCGCAGUCUCUGGUCAUCUCCUGUACUGUGUCCGCAGUCUCUGGUCAUCUCCUGUACUGUGUCCGCAGUCUCUGGUCAUCCCC